UGAUGUACCGUGACAGCAAAUGUUUAAAGCUUGUCUGCGCGUUCUCGUCGUACAGGAAUUUAACCACGAGCGCUGACGAGUUCACGAGCGCUACUGAUUCGCGCAUCUCCGCUUCCGAGUGACUCCCCGGUACGGUUUUUUCCGUUAAAACCUGCGAAACCUGGCGUGUCACCUUAGGGAUAAAUACGGUCUGUUGGACGGUACGAAAUGCCAGCAGUAUCGAAAGGAGACGGGAUGCGAGGUUUGGCUGUCUUCAUUUCAGAUAUACGGAACUGCAAAAGCAAAGAAGCAGAAGUGAAGAGGAUAAACAAAGAAUUGGCCAACAUCCGCUCUAAGUUUAAAGGGGACAAAUCGCUGGAUGGCUACAGCAAGAGGAAGUAUGUGUGCAAGCUGCUUUUCAUCUUUCUGCUGGGGCAUGAUAUUGACUUUGGCCACAUGGAGGCAGUCAACCUGCUCAGCUCCAACAAGUACACAGAGAAGCAGAUCGGCUACCUAUUCAUCUCUGUGCUGGUGAACUCCAACAGCGACCUUAUCCGACUCAUCAACAACGCCAUCAAGAAUGACCUCUCCAGCCGGUAUCCAGUGUUCAUGAAGCUGGCCCUGCAUUGCAUUGCCAAUGUGGGCAGCCGUGAGAUGGCUGAGGCCUUUGUCCAGGAGAUCCCUCGCAUCUUAGUGGCUGGGGAUACCAUGGACAGUGUGAAGCAAAGUGCAGCUCUCUGCUUGCUUCGGCUCCACAGAACCUCGCCAGACCUGGUGACAAUGGGAGAGUUGACCUCUCGUGUGGUGCACCUGCUCAAUGACCAGCACUUGGGAGUAGUGACGGCAGCCACAAGCCUCAUCAUUGCCAUGGCUCAGAAGAACCCAGAGGAACUCAAGGUUUCUAUUCCUCUGGCUGUGGGUAGGCUCGGCAGGAUCGUGAUCCCUGCUGCUUCAGAUUUACAGGACUAUGCCUACUACUUUGUCCCCGCCCCAUGGCUGUCUGUCAAGUUGCUCCGCCUCUUGCAGUGCUACCCACCUCCAGAGGAUGAUUCUGUUCGCAGCCGGCUGGCUGAAUGCCUUGAAUCCAUCCUAAACAAGGCCCAGGAACCACCCAAGUCUAAGAAGGUGCAGCAUUCAAAUGCUAAAUAUGCUGUGCUUUUUGAGGCCAUUAGUCUCAUCAUCCACUAUGACAGUGACCCUGGCCUGCUUGUACGUGCCUGUAACCAGCUGGGCCAGUUCCUCCAGCACCGGGAGACCAAUCUGCGCUAUCUGGCUCUGGAGAGCAUGUGCACACUGGCCAGUUCAGAGUUUUCCCAUGAAGCUGUUAAGACACACAUUGAAACAGUCAUCAGUGCCUUGAAGACAGAGCGGGAUGUUAGCGUCAGGCAGAGGGCGGUGGACCUGCUCUAUGCCAUGUGUGACCGCAGCAAUGCCAAACAGAUUGUGGCCGAGUUGCUCGACUACCUGGAGACAGCAGACUAUUCCAUACGGGAGGAGAUUGUGCUUAAAGUGGCCGUCAUAGCUGAGAAGUAUGCAGUGGACUAUGCAUGGUACGUGGACACCAUCCUGAAUCUGAUCCGCAUUGCCGGCGAUCACGUGAGUGAAGAGGUGUGGUACCGUGUCAUCCAGAUCGUCAUAAGCCGCGAGGAGGUCCAGGGCUAUGCUGCCAAGACUGUCUUCGAGGCUCUUCAGGCUCCAGCUUGCCAUGAGAACCUGGUGAAGGUCGGGGGAUACAUCUUAGGGGAGUUUGGAAACUUGAUCGCUGGAGAUCCCCGGUCAAGCCCUUUGGUCCAGUUCAACCUUCUGCACUCCAAGUUCCACCUAUGCUCAGUGCCCACUCGGGCCCUCCUUCUCUCUACCUACAUCAAGUUCAUCAACCUGUUUCCAGAGAUUAAAGUCACUAUCCAGGAUGUUCUGCGCUCCAGCAGCCAGAUCCGCAACUCAGACGUGGAGCUACAGCAGCGUGCCGUGGAGUACUUGCGUCUGAGCUGCGUCGCCAAUACUGAUGUCCUGGCAACAGUUCUGGAAGAGAUGCCGCCCUUUCUAGAACGCGAGUCCUCCAUACUGUCCAAGCUGAAAAAACGAAAAGGGCCGGGCUUGCUUCCUGAGCAAGAAGACAGCCCCAAGGAUAAGAAUACUGGAGUCAACGGCACGGUGGAGUCAGUCAGUUCCAGCAGCAUGACUAAGGCUUCUCUGUCACCAUUGUCGGCUGAUCUGCUGGGUUUGAGUAGUACCUCCAGCCAAAGCUCCUCCUCCUCUGCUCCAAGGGGAAGCUUGUUGGUGGACAUCUUCGCUGAUAACCAGUCUCCCGUCCCCGAAGCUGCAGCUGCACCUGUUGCCACUGAGAACUUCUCCAAGUUUGUGUGUAAGAACAGUGGUGUCCUGUUUGAAAAUCAAAUGCUCCAGAUUGGACUGAAGUCAGAGUUCAGACAAAAUCUUGGUCGCCUCCAUGUGUUUUAUGGAAAUAAAACUUCAAUGCAGUUCCUGGAUUUCUCACCAUCUGUGGUCUGCCAUGAUGGCUUAAAAUCUCAAGUCAAUGUACAUGCUAAGUCUGUGGACCCCGUUGUGAAUGGAGGUGCCCAACUCCAACAGAUGUUCAACAUCGAAUGUAUUUCAGAUUUCCAGGAGGCACCAAGUCUAAACAUCCAGUUCAGGUAUGGGGGCACCCUGCAGAAUAUAGGUUUCAAGCUUCCAGUCACCUUAAACAAGUUUUUCCAGCCGACUGAGAUGUCAUCACAAGAAUUCUUUCAGCGUUGGAAGCAGCUGAGCAUCCCCCAGCAGGAGGUACAGAAGAUCUUUAAAGCAAAGAAUCCCAUGGACAUGGAUGUCACCAAAGCCAAAAUCGCUGGAUUUGGUGUAGCCCUUUUGGACCAGGUAGAUCCCAACCCCUCCAACUUUGUUGGUGCUGGAAUCAUCCAUACCAAGACAACGCAGGUGGGAUGUUUGAUGAGACUGGAACCCAAUACCCAAGCACAGAUGUACAGACUUACCCUACGCACCAGCAGGGACAGUGUGUCCCAACAGCUAUGUGAGCUGCUCUCAGAUCAGUUUUAAACUCUAUGCUGCCAAAUGAGCCCCACCCGAUCAAUGUGACCUCAACAGCCUCGUAGUGCAGUCCAUAAUAAAUAUUCAAUUUUCUUUCCUAUUUUACAUUGAACUUCUCCAGUGUAUAGUGUAAAGGUGUUUGUUAUUCUUAAUAUAUAAUCAUACAUAAAUGAUAUUUGUUAAUUAACUUUCUAACAAUUCAGUUUUUGUGUUUGUUUGUACAAUAUAAUACUAUGCUUUGUUUUCCCAGUUUCUCUGUGAAAUGAUAACUUACUUGAUAGGACCUGUCUAUUCUGCACACCGGUUAACUGAAUGAAGGGCUUACAACAGAGGAACUGUGCAGGGAUGGAGACCAGCUUCAGCUGUUCCCAUUAUUUACAGUAACCCUGUCUAUGGCCCAUACUGUAGUGGACAAUUAAUUCUGGCUGCUCUUAUUUCAGUGAGAAAGCCAUUGCUCCCCACAGCUUAGGAGAAUGUGUUGGGUACAGAUAUUUGUGUAUAAAAUGCAGAAGUGGACAGGACAGGGAGGUACACUCUGGUAUUUGUUUGUCAGAAUGAGCUUGAGGAAUGUGUGCUGUGGCUUCUCAGUGUGGAAGUCACCCUUUGUCUGUUUUCAGUCUCAUUAAUGCCAGGGAAUGGAUCUGUCAUGACCAUAUAAUAUGAAUUUGGACAAUAUGAGCAGAAAGUUAGAAUGUUUACGAGCCUGUAAAAGAAAAAGCAAACCCAACCAGUAAGGUCAACUGGGGCUUGCUGCUCCAGUGGUUUUAUAACCAGGGUCUCCUCAUCAUUUGGCCAUUUCCCACCUGUCAUGAUAUUGCCAGCUGUGCCACUGCCUUAUGAUCAGAGAUGGGAGAUUCAGAUCCAGAGAGUAAAAGUCCAGACCAAGAUUUUGUUUUAUCCACCCAGUGGAGCAUAAACAGUCAGUCAUAGACCACUCAAAUGAUUGGUUGAAAAAAAAUCUUGGUCUAGAUUUUUACUCUUUGAACCUGAAUUACCGACCUCUGCUUAUAAUUUUCUUCCUUGAUUGUAAGACUGUGAUUUGAUUUUAGAACAAUUGUCUUGUAUGAGAAUUCAAUCUGAUAAUAAGUGAUUCUAUGCAGAAGAGAACUUUGUAUACUUUAACUUUGCAUAUAAACUGAGACUUUUAAUGCAUCAAUGUCGAUGUACUUUUCAUAAUUUUAAAAAUAUUUUUGCACCUCAAUGGAUGUACUGUAUGACAAAUAUGAAUGAAAAACUCAUCUGUUGGAUUUUAUACAGUGGAUCAAGGCAAACGCAUGAAUAAAAAUGCCAUAAAUCUCCGACUUGCUGGCAAGACGGAAAUAAGGGUCUCGUAAGUCUUACUAGCAUUGAAAAGUUGUUCAACAAUACGUAUGAGUCAGUUUUUAUUUUAUAUCAACAGAAAUGUGCCAAUUUGUUCCUUAUACGUGAAUAUAAAAUAAAAUCUAUAAUUUCUUCUGA